UCUCAGCUCAUAGUUCAUCUCAGAACCCACACAGGGGAGAAACCCUAUGAGUGCAGUGAGUGUGGAAAGACUUACCGACACAGCUCCCAUCUUAUUCAACACCGGAGACUGCAUAAUGGUGAGAAACCAUAUAAAUGUAACGAAUGUGGAAAAGCUUUCAAUGAGAGUUCCAAGCUCUUUGACCACCAGAGAACCCAUACUGGAGAGAAACCUUACGAAUGCAAUGAGUGUGGGGCUUCCUUUAGUCGGAGUAAAAAUCUUGUUCGACAUCAGGUACUUCACACCGGUAAGAAACCUUACAAGUGUAGUGAAUGUGGGAAAGCUUUCUGUUCUAAUAGAAAUCUUACUGACCAUCAGAGAAUCCACACUGGUGAGAAGCCUUAUGAGUGUAAUGAAUGUGGCAAAGCCUUCAGUCGGAAUAAAUGUCUUGUUCGGCAUCAGAGCCUCCACACUGGGGAAAAGCCAUACAAAUGUAAUGCCUGUGGGAAAGCCUUCAGUCAGAUGUCUCAACUUGUUGACCAUGAGCGAAUUCAUACUGGAGAAAAACCUUUUGAAUGUAAUGAGUGUGGUAAGGCGUUCAGUCUCAGUAAAUGUCUUAUUCGACAUCAGAGACUUCACACAGGGGAAAAGCCCUAUCAAUGCAACGAGUGUGGAAAAUCCUUCAAUCAAAAUUCAUACCUCACUAUACACCAGAGAAUUCAUACUGGGGAGAAGCCUUAUGAAUGUAAUGAGUGUGGGAAAGUCUUCAGUCAUAAUUCUAGCCUUAUGGUUCAUCAAAGAACCCAUACUGGGGAGAAACCCUAUAAAUGCAGUGAUUGUGGGAAGGCCUUUAGUGACAGCUCACAGCUCACUGUGCAUCAGAGAGUCCACACUGGGGAGAAGCCCUAUGAGUGUACUGAGUGCGGGAAAGCCUUCAGUCAGCGCUCCACUUUUAAUCACCACCAGCGAACUCACACUGGAGACAAGCACUCAGUACUGGUUCACAAGGUUUCUUAAGACCUGAAUCUCUAAGACAAAGCACGAAACUUUGAGUUAAAUUAAGCUUUCUUUGUAAGGAAGAUGCUCAUUCUGAUCUCUUGGUAUCACUGUUUAACAGCCAUUCCCUACAUUCUGCUGGGUCACAAAGUUGGGAGAGUCACAGUGCCAUCCUUUCCCACUAUCAGGGAUGUAAGGAUGACACAUUUCAUGUACAUGUAGGUUUCCUUCAGUCUGUGUAUCUGUUUCUCUAAAAAUAGGUCUUUGAUUUUAGUUAUCAAUCCCAUAAUCAGAUUUGUGCUUCUCAAGGACCGUGAUUUAUGCUGCUUUUCUAUCCCAGCUAAUUCAUUUCACAUUUUCUUUUUUUUUUAAUGUUUUUUAUUUAUUUUUGAGAGAGAGAGACAGUGCAAGCAGGG